AUGAAGGCCCCUCGGCGGAGCUGCAGGGUACUGCAGAAAAGGCCUCAGCUUCUGGAAACCCCAGAUCUCUCCCUCCCCCGCCCUCACCUCCUCCCCCGCAGUUCGAAACCCUAA